CCACAUUCCCAUCAACUCCCCCCAGGUUCUAUCGCUCGCCGACACACACUAUAUUUCCAGUGACCAAUUAACCUACCAACCUGAACGGCCUUGGGAUAUGAGAGGAAACUGGAGCACCCGGAGAAAACCCACACCGUCACAGGGUGAACGUGCAAACUCCACACAGAGUGCAUCUGAGGUGAGAACGGCAUGCAGAAAUCAUCAUUCCUUCAACUAAACUAAAACAAACCCACAUUCACUAUGGCAGCACCAGUGAAUACUCAGAACCCCAGUAAGACCUGGGAACUCAGCCUCUACGAACUGCACCGGACCCCACAGGUGAGUAAAACCACGCAGCUCAGCCUCUACGAACUGCACAGGACCCCACAGGAGGCAAUUAUGGAUGGGACAGAGAUCGCCGUGUCACCCCGGAGCUUGCACAGCGAGCUGAUGUGCCCCAUCUGCCUGGAUAUGUUAAAGAACACCAUGACGACGAAGGAGUGCUUGCAUCGCUUCUGCUCGGAUUGCAUUGUCACUGCACUCCGCAGCGGGAAUAAAGAAUGCCCCACGUGUCGAAAGAAACUAGUUUCUAAGCGGUCUCUCCGACCAGAUCCAAAUUUCGACGCGUUGAUCUGUAAGAUCUAUCCGAGCAGGGAUGAGUAUGAGGCGCAUCAAGAUCGUGUGCUGGCACGGUUAAGCAGACUCCAUAACCAGCAGGCCCUCAGCAGCAGUAUUGAGGAAGGAUUGAAAAUGCAGGCCAUGCACAGAGCUCAGCGCGUGAGGAAGCCCCCACACGAAUCCGACAACACUACCUUCAGCGGAGGGGAGGACAACUGCGACAGCCGCUCUCACGUCAGCAACGUGUCGACGCACAGCAACCAGGAGGCUGGCCCCAGCCGCAAGCGCUCCAAGGCUUCGGACGACUCCUGUCCCGACCUCGACAACUCGCGGGAGGGGGCUGGUAGCCCAGACGUCGUGGGGGACUCGUGCAGCGAAAUCGAGCUCGUCUUCAGACCCCAUCCAGUGUUGGUUGAGAAGGAUGAAUAUUCACAGACCAGGUACGUGAAGACCACCGCAAAUGCCACCGUGGACCAUUUGUCCAAAUAUCUGGCAUUGAGAAUUGCCUUGGAGGAACAGCAGAAGAACAUGGGGAACAGCGCAGUCAGUCUGGAGGAAGUCAGUGAGAAGCAGUACACAAUUUACAUCACUACCUCGGGAGGCCAGUUCACGACACUGAAUGGAUCACUGACACUAGAAUUGGUAAAUGAGAAGUAUUGGAAGGUCAGCAAGCCUCUCGAGUUGUAUUAUGCACCCACCAAGGAACAAAAGUAAAUAGAGGACAAGGACCAAAACAAAAUUGCUAUCUGCUUGCUUAUUCCUUCCAUCUAUUCGCCACAAAAAGACUGCCACAGCUCUUUGGCUUUGAGGAGUACAGAAGAGACCGUGUUGAAUCCUGGGAGAGAAGAUGGGGCUGGAAGUUGGUCCGUGAUGCAAGGCCCACAAGAGGCCCUUAUUUCAGUUGGGGUUGGGGCAUAGAAUAAAUCUGAACCAUUGCUUACCAUCGCUUCUGUGUCCUCUAGUGCUCUGUGUGACUUGUGUUUGUGAGCUCGGCAUCGCAUUUUCAGGUUUGACCUUAUUUCCGUUGUGAUCGGUUGGCCAUCGUAAUGUGCGUAGGCAUUGCCGCAAGCCACGUGUCUCCCUUGGUCAUUCGCCAGGUCAGAGACCUUGUCAGAGACAAUUGAUGCGCAUUUAACAUCAUCCCGGAAGCUGGGCAGUUUGAAGGGCAUGUUCCUGUGUACGAGCAGCUGUUGGGAGGCGUGGGUAACAAAAGUCACCUGAAUAACCACAGAAAGUUUAACGUCUCAAGUAAUUUACAUGUUACGUUUCGAUGUUCGUAGUUUUUUCCUCUUCAUUUUAUUCUCAUUAUGAUCCCAUCGACGGGAAUAAAACAUGGACUAAUGGGUUUGAAUAAAGUGCCUUAGCCGCUUGGCCUAUAUAUUUGAUUCCCAUUAUUCACCUGUACCUAAUUUUGUUCAUGUUUUUUUUUGGUUGGUGUUUGGGGUAAGAAUACUGUACAGUGGAGAAUGGAAGCUAUUGUAUUGGAGAGGUGGGACAAAGUUUGUGAUACUGUGUACUGAUCGGACUGCAGGAUUGUUUGCAGAGUUUGUCACUGUUGCCUGAACCAGUGUAUUCUUGCUUAGCCCUGUUGUACUAGAAAAUUUACUUAUGAGCUUUCUUGCCUAUCACUUCUGGAAUAUUUUUAAUGUUGCCGUUAUUAGCUAACUGUUGCACAGAUUUUAUAUCAUGAUGAGCGGAGGGACAGUUUUUAAAUCCGGAAGACGAAAGAUGUCGGGUGAGUUUUUGUUUUAAUAUAUAAAAGAAAAUACAUUUGCUGUAUUCAUUCUCCAUAAAUAUAUAUUUGAAUAUGUACUUUUAUUCUCUUCUGAAUCCACUGGCAUAGAGGGACCAUCAGGAAGUUGUCUAGGGUGAGACUUGAUCGAUAAACUUUUGGAUUGAACAGUAUAACAUUUGAACCUAGAGUCUAAUCUUGCAUCCGUCCUUGUAGUAUGAGAUACUGGUCAAAAGUGGAAUCCUUGACUAAUUCUUCCCUCUUCCAGCCCAUGGCCAGUCAUAGGGCCAUUAUCGCUGCCUUGGCAAUGAUCUGAGAUGGUAAUAUACAACAAAGAUCAAGACUGCUUUGUUACUGAAUAACCUUUGAUCUCUGCUGAAAGUUUGUGACUAUCAUAUGCAUUUUGCGAAACUAGAUUUGUUACUGUUGUUUUUUUUAAGCUAUGUAAGUUGGGUUGAACUGUUGUACAAGAUACCAGAAUGGAUUUGGAUAAACCAUUGUGUACGUGUUCAGAAGAAAAGAAGAUGUACUACUUUACACUGUUGAUUGACUGAACUAAAGACAUUGGAAGUUGGUGAAUUCGGACUUGGCAGUAGCAUUUUGAAGUGACAACAUGUAGCCGAAUUCAGGACUUCGCUCCUGAUGCAAUAUGCAAGCAUUUGUUGACACAGGAGUCACCUGGAUCCUAUCUACACCCCAGUGUGUUUUGCACAAUAUUUCCAGAGCAGGUGCUUGAUGAUCGCUGCACAAACCAGUUCAAUAAAGGUUGGAAUUAA